CAGACAAAGCUUUCGAUUGCUAAACACGACGUUAUGGCUCUGUCAUAAAUCUGUUUGGGAGAAGGAAAGCGUAUGCGGUCAAGCAAGCCUAUGUCAAGUACUCGUAACAAGCCCAUAACGCGUAUUCUUCUAUGCCUGAAGUUUGUCCUUAAAUAAUCCGUGAAUUUAUUUGAGCCACCAUGCCUAAUGGCGAAUCGGCUAACACUGGGCGCCAUUAAGCGGGCCCUAAUGCAGUCUAACUUAGGCGAAACACCCCAAGCUUCGUCAGUUAGCUUGGAGCUGCCGCUGUGCGACUCGAGCAGCCAGACAGCUGCGGACUCCGCGGGCACCGUCAAUUCCCAGCCCCAUGCCAAACCUAAUAAGCCGUCCCUUUUAGCAAGCUCCGAUUUGCGCGAUCUUUUUUCAUGGAAUGUAUGGCGGCGUGCAGCGAGGAGGCGUUUGAAAUACGUUAGACCAAAGGAGCUAUGGCAGCUCAUAAAACAGGAGCGCUGGACGAUACUUAUAGCGCUGCUCUUCGCGGUUGCGCUCCUCGUGCUGGAGUUCACCGCCUGGAGAGACCUCUCCUCCGACGCCUGGUUCACACUGUGGGCCACCUACGCCUGCCUGGUACCCAUGGUCCGCGGCGCGGUGGACCCCGACAUCUGCCUCUUCGCGGGAGCCACGCUGCUGCUGCUGCGCGGAGUCAUCACACCACACGACGUGUUCGCGGGGCUUGCCAACGACUCCAUCGUCUCCAUCGCGCUCAUGAUGGCGAUCGCGGCGGGGCUGGAGGCGAGCGGGGCGCUGGAGUUUGUGCCGGAGCUGGUGAUGGGGCGCAGCAGGCGGGAGUGGGUGGGGCAGCUACGUCUGCACAUUGCGGUGGCCAGCGUGUCAGCCGUCAUGAACAACACACCCCUGGUGGCGGUUAUGAUCCCGGUUGUGGAGGCCUGGUGCCGCCAGAACAACCACCACGUGUCGCGCUUCAUGAUCCCGCUCUCCUACUCCGCAAUCCUGGGCGGCCUGUGCACCAUCAUCGGCACCUCCACCAACCUCAUCGCGCGGGGCAUGGCGCAGGACGCGCUGCCCAGCCUCAAAAUACCCUUCAUUGAAAUAGGCAUGAUCGGUCUGCCCCUCACGGUGGCGGGCGGGCUGUACGUGGUGCUGCUGUCUCCGCUGCUGCUGCCCAAGCGCGACACGCUGAUGGCGGCGGUGGUGGCCGACCCGCGCGAGUACGUGGUCAGUGUGCGGGUGGAUGCGAGGUAUGCGCACAUAGGUCGCACCAUCGAGGCCGCCGGUCUGCGCCACCUACGCGGCCUCUUCUUGGCGGACCUGCAGCGGCAGGACGGCACCAUGCUGCCCUCGCCGCCGCCCACCACCGUCAUACUGCAGGGUGAUAAGCUGACCUUCGCGGGGGACAUCACGGGCAUGCAGCACAUCCUCUCCCUGCCCGGACUCAACCCGAUCAGUUCCGCGGACCUGGCAGCCGACCUGGAGGAGAGCGCCGCGGCGUCCGGCGGCAGUGCGGAGAGGGUCAUGGUGGAGGCGGUUGUCGCCAUGGGCAGUCCCAUCGUCAACAUGACCAUCCGCGACUGCCACUUCCGCUCCCGCUACGGCGCAGUGGUGCUGGCGGUGCACCGCAACGGGGAGCGAAUCAUGGGAGGGCUGGGGGACAUAGUAGUGAAGGGCGGUGACACCAUGCUGCUGGAGGCGGGUCCCGACUUCCUGACCAAGUUCAAACACUCCAGCGAAUGGGCGCUGGCGGUGGAUGCGUUCAGGGUGUCCACCCCUAAGCGGGACCCGCUGGGACUGCUGACGGCGCUGGGGGUGUUCAUUACCAUGAUCGUGCUCAACAGCAUGGACCUGCUGCCCCUCGCCACCACGGCACUGGUGUGCCUCUUCGUGUACCUGCUGACUGGGGUGCUCACGGUGGCGCAGGUGCGUGCGGCCAUACCCGGCACGGUGCUGCUGACGGUGGCGGGCGCGUUCGGGGUGGCCAAGGCACUUACCGUGACAGGCCUGGCUGACCGCCUGGCCUCCUCCCUGCUCUCCUGCUUCUCAUGGAUGGGCCGCGCGGGCGCUGUCACCUCCGUCUACGUCACCACCUCCCUGCUGACUGCGCUGCUCAGCAACGGAGCGGCGGUGACGCUCAUGUUCCCCAUUGCGCUGCGGACGGCGCAGCAGGCGGGCAUUGGGUUCAAGGGGCCGCUGUACGCGCUGAUGGUGGGCGCAAGCAGCGACUUCAGCACGCCCAUUGGCUACCAGACGAACCUCAUGGUAAGCGGCCCUGGCGGCUACCGAUUCCUGGACUACACGCGCUUCGGUCUGCCGCUGCAGCUGGUGGCGGGGCUCAUCACAGUGCCCAUAUGCGUCUGCGUAUUCUCAUGAUGAGGGCCCUGCUGCCGCUUACGUUGAGCUCCCUGCUACCUGGACUCCUCCUGGCGCCCUGCGCUCGGCACUUGGGUCGGGGCCCUACCCCCGGGGGCUUACCACGCAUGCGGCCAUGGGUGGCAUGGGGGUACAACGACUCGGCGAGCUCACCACGCGUGACGUCAUCUCACCAGGUAGCCAUCCAGGCCAUCCAGCCAGCCAGUCACGCAUGCAUGCAGGCAGGCGGGGCCAAGCCCGGGAGGCCCGCCAGCAUCGCGCGAUUGAGGCAGCGCAGCGCGGGGUGGCGGGCGGCAAGGAAGGCCUGCAGCAGGGGAUCAAAACCAGCAGCAGCAGCAGGAGUAGGCGCAGCAGCAGCAGCGCCGCCGUGGCGGACCCUUGAGCCUUGAGCUGACCGUUUUGUGCUGCCUGGCAGGGCACACAUAUAUGUGGGUGAGCAGCUGGCCGAGCAGCUGGCGGGGCCGGUGUGUGUCGGUGCUUUUGGCAAUGUGGCGCAGGGCAACGAAACUUGUGAUCAGCGAACGAAAGGCUCGUGACUGUGGAUAGACUGCGGAUAGAUACCGGUAAGACAUCAUGUGUAGGAUGCGCGAAUGAGGAUGAGAGUAUAGUUUGGGGGGAGGAAGGGGGCGGACGGUGCUUCGGAAGGGUUGUAGGGGGGAUGGGAGGUGGAGAAGAGUUCUUAUGUCGUCUUAUGCUAGAAGCUAGGAAGGAUCCGGCGAGAGGAUUGAAAUUGUGGCCUUUGGAACGGUAUGGCUGAGCUGGGGUGCUUAAUGCUUUUGAGGACGGGAGUGAGGACCUGGAAGGAGGUGCAAGGAUGGGGCAAUGGCUGGGUGGGAAGGUAUGAAGUCAUGCUGGAUCCCUCGUGUUGGUAUACUUGGUGGUCCCAAGUUCCAACAAGGCGCCUGGCGUAACCCUGGAACCAUGCAUGGUACGAACCGAGGACGAACCGAGCAUGCAUGCAAAGGAUUGGCUCGUUAUUAGGCAUGCGCCUCACCAUGGUCGCGCUUCUCAUCCCCCACAUGCAUUGCUUAGGGCGUUUUGGGUUCUCACACUCCUCAUUGAGGCAUGCACGGGGCUUGCAUGCAUGGGCGUUUCGGUAAUUCUGUUAGUGUCUUCAACCGAUUUGCAUUUAACAGGUGUCGACAGUUCUGUUUGUGGAGCAAAGAGCCCAGUGAGCUAGCGUGCCUGGUCUCUGCAUGUGGGCGCAUGUUGCAUGGCUGACCCGUGGGUCACCUCGCACAAGCACGUUCCAUUCGCUCUUUGGGAACCCUCGUCCUUUUGCAUCGGGGCGCAUAACAUCAGGAGCACCAUAGUUUGGGCUAUGUAACUAAUGCCUAUGAGGGUAAAGACUUGGUUAUGUUUACAUGUGAUGGGGGCAGCGAGCUGGGGGUGAGGUCGGCGAGAUGUGGGUGUGGCCGGGUAGCACAUGCUUGACUGAAUGGCGUCUCCUUUCCACAAGGCUUUGUGCAGUCCCUGUCUAUCUUCGGCGAAGAAGUGUGAGGUGGUAUACAGGUAAGGUAGAGGACAGCGUGAGGCGAGAUGCGGUUUUGCAAGCAACCAGGAUGAGAGAGGAAUGACGUGCGAAGAGUGCAUGAAGUGCAGGAGAGAGUUGCCAGAGCUUAACGCGAACGUGCUGUUGGGGAUGCGGUGCGGUGCUUUCACGUGAAUAAUUGAAUGAAUGAUGUGGGACGGUCUCCGGGCGUCAGCACGUCUGCGUUAAAUAUAGGGGCUUCUCCGGUCGCCAUUCAAUCGCAGUUGAAUGUCCUGGGCAAAGACUGGUUACCGGUACGCGAGCAGGCUUGUGGCGACCGUGUUUCCUGUGGAGCCUGCAAACAGCUUGACACGCUAUUUAAAGCUGUAAUGCUGCAUGAAUAGGCUGUUCCCUGGACGGUG